GCGCUAUUGGGUAAACAAACCAGUGACGUAUUAUCGAACGUCGCGUCGCCCGACAACCAGGAUCGAAAUCUAAUGGGGACGUAAAUUGUAUCAGCAGCAAUGGAUAAGAUUAUGAUAGCGACAGGAUUUCUAUUUUUUGCUGCAGAUGUAUUCGCACUAACGAGUGUAUUUAACCCAGUAUGGGUGGUUUCUCAUGGAUCUGGAGCCAUGACGAUGGGCCUUAUUUCGCAGUGCCUGACAAUCUUUGGCAGGGAUACAGUGUGCAUCCCUCCUAACCUCUGCCCUGCCUGGCAGAUGACUCUGCUCUUCAUCGUGUGUGCCAUCAUAUGCCUGACCAUCACCUGCAUCAUGUUUGUCUACUCCCAUCGGAGAAUCACAAUGCUCGACCACGCCCGAUGGUUCUCCUUUGCGGCAAUCAUUUUACUGUGCCUGGCAGCCAUCAUAUUUCCAAUCGGCUUCUACGUGGAUGAGAUUGGAGGGGAACCCUACAAACUCCCUAGCACCGUCACCGUAGGAUCAUCCUACGUGAUCUUCCUCAUCUCUAUCGUCCUAACCGUUAUCUCGGAGCUCCUUGCAGGCAAGCUGUGUGCUCCCCUCUUUGUUGUCCGAGGAUAGCACCGUCAACCGAAGAUAGCACCGUCACCUGAGGAUAGCACCGAGGAUAGCACCGCCACCAUAUGAUCCCCUCUUUGUUGUCCGUGGAUAGCACCGAGGAUAGCACCGUCACCGUAGGAUCAUCCUACGUGAUCUUUCUCAUCUCCAUCGUCCUAAUGGUCAUCUCGGAGCUCCUUGCAGGCAAGCUGUGUACUCCCCUCUUUGUCGUCAGAGGAUAGUGAACACAUUCCUUGAACUCUGCGAUGUUGCCGAUGAAGUAUAUGUAAUUAUUUAUUUGUUGGAAAUGAGAUGAUAUCUCUUUCAACUCUGUAGCAGCAAGGUUUUUCAAAUACUAUUUUUUAUGCAGAGAGUGCAUGAAAAACCUUUGAACUCUUUUGAAUACCUCUUUAGCUCUUUUGAACUGCGCCUUCUUAAUAUUAUUUUCAGAAAUCAGGUAUUUUUCUAACAUUCUACAGUAGUGCUGUCUACUCUUAGAAAAUAUAAUAUUUGAACAAAAAUAGAUGUGAGCUUUUAAAACUAUAUCAGCACUAGUCUCUUCCUGGAGAUAUGAUGAAAGAUUUUGUUUUCUUUCUUCUGAGAUAUACAUGUAGAAGACUGUCUGUUGAAUAAGUCAUGGGACUGUGAAACAACUCACUAUUCAACCUUUUCAUUACCUUCUGCUUACAAAUUAAUAUAUUUUGAUAAAACCACUCCCUAGAUUAUGUGGAAAAGUGUGUGGAACUAGGCAUCAAAUACAUGUGCCCUUUGUCAGAUGACUUACAGCAAGUGCAUCUGCCAUGUGGGAAAAUAUUUUGCAGUUAAAUCGUCAAAAUGAGCAAAAUGGCAUGAUGGCUGUUGUCGAAAGAGGUUGAAUUGUGAUAUUUCAGAUUAAGAUUA